AUGGUACCCCUGUCGGUCCUUCAUCGUCCAACGAUUCUGGGCCCUCCGAAAUCGCCGACGGCGGUCUCUACUGACUCUGCACCAGCUCCACCCGCCGACGGUAGUACUGAUGAAGUCAUGGAAGAGCCACCCUCUGGCUCUAUCUCACCCAUCGACCCGCCAUCAUCUGAUGACGUUCCGAUGGACCAGCCGUCUCCUGCCGCCGAACCCGGCUCUUCGCCUCCGCGCGCUGAUCCGCGCCCGACAAUGGCUGACGUGCUUGGUCAGCAGGAAAAUCUUCGCCGCGACCACGCCGAAGCUGAUGUCGCGCGUCGUCGGGUGGAGACUCCCAAGCCUCUCGUGAGUGACAUCGAGUCGAUCGAGCGCCAAUACGCCGCUGGUGGUGAUUAG